AUGAUGCGCAAUAUUGAUCGGCCCCCACCAGGCGACCCAACUGGCAGUCGCAAGUCUCAAGUACAUCCAGAUCUUAGCAAGAAACGAAGCGCCUAUUUUGAGAGUGAAUUCGCAGCAGCUAAUCGGGGUCCGGACCCGGUCAAGACUCGAAUACAGAAUGAAGCUAUUGUAAUGGCAGAUCUAAGGACAAACGUAAUCAUCAAGGAUGAAUUUUCUUUUAUAACCGAUCUCUCAUAUAACCUGUCCAACAGGUAUCAGCGACCAAUAUCUUCAAUCGUCAUCAACUUGACCCACGGUUGCUGCAUGAUGUUCGGGGGCUCCUUUGACCCAGCGUACACCUUAACUAUUCACGCGCUUCCGAGUCUCGUCCAGCCUACCACGAAUAAGAGGAAUGCGGCGCUUAUUCAGCGACAUAUUCAAGAGACCCUAGGUGUCAUAGCGUCGAGGGGCUAUGUACGCUUCGUUGCUACCCCCGAGGAAAAUGUUGCCAUUGGGGGCAAGACGAUUGCUGCUGAAAUAAACGAAUCUGGUAAUGCCAUGGCCGAUGACAAGCCUGCCGAGACCAGAAAAAGUGCCAAGUCAAAUCGGAGGCUUGGUGUUAAGUCUUUCGGGGGCUUCAGAUCCGCCUCUAUGACUGAUCUUGCUCGGGUUCCUACGCCACCCCCUAGUACCUCAGACGAGACUACACCCAUCACGACCAUUCCCGAAGUGCCACCUACGCCGCCCGAGGACGACAGGUUGGGUGACUUAAUCGAGCACAAGCCGGUCAAGACUGCACCACGUCGCAGAAGCCUAAGAUUUGACGCGUUCGACCCCGAUGUUGCCGGGGAACAACCAUAUGGUGUACCGUCUAGUCUUGCGCAGCAGGCUCUAACACGUGUAUAUGAACAGGACCAAAGGCUACGGAAAAAUGGAUCGAGGGUGUCCGAUCAGCCCCCGGAUCUGUCAUCGAAAGGGAAACCUAGGUUGCUCCUAAUGGGGCAGAGAAGGAGUGGUAAAUCGUCGAUAUCAAGCGUAGUUUUUCACAAAUUACCACCGAGCGAGACUCUAUUUUUGGAGUCAACUGCGCGUAUCCAAAAGGAUACCAUGCCGUCUUUUAUGGAUUUCCAGGUGUGGGAUUUCCCAGGUCAGAUCGACAUCUUUGAUAAUCCAACCUUCGACAUCGAUGCCAUGUUUGGCGAGAUAGGUGCCUUGAUUUGGGUCAUAGACGCCCAGGAUGAUUAUCUAGAAGCAGUAGCCCGCUUGAAUGUGACUAUACUAAACCUCCAACGAACGUAUCCGAACAUCAAAAUCGAGGUGUUCAUUCACAAAGUUGAUGGAUUAUCAGACGACUACAAGUUAGAUAUCCAAAGAGACAUUACUAUUCGGAUCCAGGACGAACUCUGCGAUCACGGGUUUGAAAACGCGCCGGUCACUUUUCACUUGACUAGCAUAUACAAUCAUAGUAUUUUCGAGGCCUUCAGCAAGGUGAUUCAGAAGCUUAUUCCUCGACUUGGUAUACUCGAAGCGAUGCUUACUAACCUCUGUCGCACUUGUCGUUUCGAAAAAGCCUACCUGUUUGAUGUCUUGUCUAAGAUAUAUAUUGCGACUGACAGCGAACCCGCAGACAUGGCAAGCUACGAAAUCUGCUCUGACUAUAUCGACGUCAUAAUAGACGUCACAGAAGUAUACGGAAGCUGGCCCCGUACUCAGAAGUACCGCGAAGCUCUGGAAGGUCCGCCUUGGAACCAGAAGAUAGAGGAUCAGGUGGCCUCGGGAUGUGCCGAAAGCUGCAUGGUAUUGAGCGACGGGAACAAACCGAUAAUUCUACGUGAGGUCGACAAGUACCUCGCCCUAGUUGCGAUUAUGAAGGAAGACAGUUAUGACAAGAUGCCACUUGUCAACAUGAAUGUCGAGGUUGUCGUGCAGGGUGUGAAGGAAUUCUUCGAAAUUACGAAGCCAAAAUGA